GCCAUGCCGGAUCCAUUCGUCUGUCUCGCCCACAGUUGCGGCGCAUUUGUGUCCCGGGAUGACCUGUUGAUGUCGGCUAAGGAUGGUCUGCCCCACUCGCCCUGUGCUGUAAGCACUCAUUUAAACCCCCCUCCCCCUCCGGUGAAAACCUACUUAAAUUAAAUCAAACCGCUGCAGGUUCAUAAAGCACAUAUUUGGGAUUAUAAAUAAUUAAAUAACUCGCCGUGAUAUAUCACAGUAGCGACAUUUUGAAACGAGGGGAAACGCAGCGCGUGUCUGUCCCGUGUCUGGUAGCUGGUGUGCGGUGGGGUAAAAAGGGGAAAGGAAAAGGUCGGUCUCUACGGACGCGACACAGAACCUUAAAAGACGUGGGUUGGACCUGCUGGAUGUUUUAUCUCCUUUAAAUGUUUUAGGGUACAUUCUGUGCCUCCCCCCGACCCCCGGAGGUUCAUACUUGGUCGCUAACAGUGUGCCUGCUUGGGGGCAGAAGAGCUGUAUCUCGUCUCGCUCCCUUCGACAUUUGUCCCUCCCUCGUUUCCUCCGUCCCGUCGCUGUGCGCACGCACGCACACACCGGCCCGGGCCAACCGAGGACUCCCCGGAUCCUAGCGGGCAUCGAGGCUGGCACGCAGCGGGGGCACCGUGCGCCGUCUGCCUGCUCUGACUGCUCUGCUGUGCCGCUGCUGCUGCUGGUGGAGGUGGCGGCGCUGGAUUUGCUUCUUCCCGGACGCGUCUGCUGGCGAGACGAGAGCUCUGCACGACUUUAACACCCUGUGGUGCUGGGCAGGGCGUUAUGGCUCAGACGCUGCAGAUGGCGAUCCCCAAUUUUGGCAACAAUGUCCUGGAGUGUCUGAACGAGCAGCGGCUGCAGGGCCUCUACUGUGAUGUCUCCGUGGUUGUCAAAGGCCACGCCUUCAAGGCCCACCGUGCUGUUCUGGCAGCCAGCAGCUCCUACUUCCGGGAUCUGUUUAACGCUGAUGGAAAGAGCUCGGUGGUAGAGCUACCUCCCGCUGUGCAGCCGCAGAGCUUCCAACAGAUCCUGGCCUUCUGCUACACGGGACGCCUCAGCAUGAAUGUUGGAGACCAGUUCCUGCUCAUGUACACGGCAGGCUUCCUCCAGAUUCAGCAGAUCAUGGAGAAGGGCACCGAGUUUUUUCUCAAGGUCUCAUCUCCAAGCUGUGACUCCCAGGGUCUCCACGCAGAAGAGACCCCGCCCUCGGAGCCCCAGAGCCCCGUCACUCAAACGGUGGGAGGAGGCGGAGCCGCGGUCGUUGCCCCAACGAAGGCCUUCCUCGUGUGUGACGGAGGAGGCGGAGCCGCGGUCGUUGCCCCGGCUGCAGGAAGGCCUUCCUCGUGUGUGACGCCUCUUCCCCUGGUGUCCAAAGUAAAAACAGAACAGACCGGGACCACACCUCAGCCCACUCCGCAGCCGCAGCAGGAGGGCUCUCCCUACUCUGUGGUCUGCACCCCCGUGGCCAAGAGGCUAUGGGAAGGUGGAAACCGUGAUGGAGGCGGGGGCACAGGAGGUGGCGGAGGAGGCGGCAUCAGGAAGGCUGCACGCUACUCUUCUUCCUCUUCUUCGUCCUCCUCCUCAAACACUACCCAGGACGCGUCUGGACGGGGGCUCACGGCGGCCAAUGGUCCCAUGGGUAACGGCGGCAACAACGGAGCUACCUCAGUGGGAGGAGCCGGCCACAACAGUAACCAUAACAACAACAACAACAUGAACGGCGGGACCCCCGAGGGCACCAGCCCGGGUACGUUGAGCAUGUACACCAGCGACUCGCCGAUCAGCUACCACGACGAGGAGGAAGAGGACGAGAUAGCCGACGACAGCGCCGAAGAGCAGUACAGACAGAUCUGCAACAUGUACACCAUGUACAGCAUGCUGAACGCGGGGGCAGCGGUGGUGGGAGAAAGAGUGGAGGCUCUGCCAGACUUGGCUCAGGACACAGGCGGCGGGCGGGGAGGCAGGGGCGGAAGAACCCGACAGGACCUGGCAUCGCUGCCCGCAGAGCUCAUCAGCCAGAUCGGAAACCGCUGCCAUCCAAAGCUGUACGAGGAGGGCGACCCGGCAGAGAAGCUGGAGCUGGUGAGCGGCACCUCGGUCUUCAUCUCCCGUGCCCAGCUCAUGAACUGCCACGUCAGCGCUGGCACCCGCCACAAAGUGUUGCUGCGACGGCUGCUCGCUGCCUUCUUCGACAGGAGCACUCUAGCUAACAGCUGUGGAACGGGAAUCCGCUCGUCAACUAACGACCCCAGCAGGAAACCUCUGGACAACAGAGUUCUGCACGCUGUCAAAUUCUACUGCCAGAACUUUGCACCAAGCUUCAAGGAGUCUGAGAUGAACGCCAUAGCGGCCGACAUGUGCACCAACGCCCGCCGCGUCGUCCGCAAGAGCUGGAUCCCCAAGCUCAAACUGCUGAUGGCCGACAGCGAGGCUUACUCCGCCUUCCUGGCGGACAGUGUGAAGAUAGAGGCCGACGCUCUGGGGGCGGAGCAAGGCUUCGACCCCACAUCCCUGGAUGCCGUAGCUGCCGCUGCUAACGGUAACGAGGUGGGAGGCGGAGCCACACCAGCAGACGCUCUGCAGGGAGUGGGAGGAGACAGCAGCACUUUGUUUUGAGUGAGUGGACAGAUUUGAUGGACAAACUGACAGACGGGUGGAGUGGGCGGGGGACGGGGGGGUUAAAAUACGAAGAGUAGAGAAGAGCGGCCGCCCUGUCGUCACGAUGACAGUUUUCACUCCCCCCUGACACCGAUGUGUUUUUCUGGGGGAUCAGUUUUCUUUUCUUACAACUUUUUUAAUCUGUGUCCUCCGUCUGCCCUCCUUCGUUGGUCAACAUUUGUUUUUUUUUCUAAUUUCUUUCCUGGUGGAGAGGGAGAGAAAAAAGGCAUUGUAAGGUGGAAACAGGAGGAGAUUGUUGGUUACCACCCCCCUCCCUCCCCCUCCUCUCAACUCUUCAUUCCUCUGCAACUUUUUACAGCCUGAUCGAUUUUGCUUUUUUAAGUUUUCAAAUCCGUCUUCUGACAGCGAGGCCCAUUUUUUAAAUCUAAAUCAAUCACAGACAUUCCUUGGGGAGGGAGGGAGGGAGGGGGGGGGUUAACCCCAUAGUCGAGUGAUACUUCUUCUACACUGUUGUUUUGAUAUUGAAUGUAUGUGAAAAGCAGCAGCCGGUGCUGCAGGUCAGUGGACGCAGACAGAGAUCCGACUGUUUUUCAUUCCUUUUGUUUCCCAUUCUGCUUUUCCUUUCACUUCAUCCAAUCAACACUUCUCUGACAGCGGCCUGAUGACGUCACAGGCUGAUAUGAAUAUCAACGCGUAUAUAUAUUAGCAUGAUUGUUAAUCUCAAUCCCCAACUAGCCCCUUCUUUUUUUAUUUCAGGAAGAUGCUGCUGAUAUUUUGACCAGUGUUGAGUGGCCUGAUUUAUCAGGAAGUGCUUGGGUUUUCAGACUAGUGGCACGCUUUAAAAAAAAAAACCUAAAACUUGAACUCCCCUAAUAAUUUGACCGACAUUUGUGACAAUGCUCUGUGUUGCUGUUGACGUUAGUCAAAGAUUUUGCACUGUGUUUCCCUGCGGUAUGAGUACAAUCGAACGUUGUUUUUGUACAGAUGAGAACCUGAAAUAAGGAGCAGGUUUGGUUUUAAAAAAGGACAAAAUUGUUGGGUUUUUUUACCCCAUUUGAUUUUUUUUUUUUUUUUUUUUUACUUGAAAAUGAACCGUAGUCUAAAAAUUUCAAAAGCAAGAGUCCGCCAUGGAGCUUGAGAAUGAGGUUUGGUGUUUGUGUUUGUGUGUGUGUGUGUGUGUGUGUGUGUGUGGGUACAGUUGGAAUGCUCAGUGUGUUCCCUCCGAAUAAUCACCACCAUGUCUGUUAACUGUGCGUCUUUCCUCGGUCUCGCUUCCUGAGUGUGUGUUGCCUGGCACUGACGAAGGUGCUAAUUCAAGCGACAGUACAUGGGAAGAAAACACAGCUCCGCAUGUGUGUAAAUGUGUGUGUGUGUUGGUGUGAAUUGGAGCGACCAUGCAGUUUGUUUAUGUGCUGCAACAGAGAUAGAAAGAAUAGAGAAAAAAAAAGAGGGAGGGAGUCCAGACGGAGUGUUUUCACACACGCCUGGUUGAUUCAUUCACCCACCACUGCGGCGAGCCAGCGAGCACACGUAGACGCUAAAAUGCACAUGGGCGCUGUCAGCCGUACUAGCCACACGGCGUACAGGAAUAUACUGUAGGGGAGAUGCACAUAAAACCCCCAGAGUCUGACGCCUCGGCUGAGAUACAUUUCCACCAGUUAAUCCCUGGACUGAGUUGAGUUUCCCUUUUUUUAGUUUUUUAAAAUUUUUUUAGUCUUGA